CCCAUCCUCCAUUGUGUUAUAGGGUUUAUCUGCUCAUUUCAACAGCAGAAGACAGGUGACCAAAGGAAGCAGCCGAGCUCCAAACACUGUUACAAUGGGUCGUAUGCACAGCCGAGGGAAAGGUAUUUCAGCAUCCGCUUUGCCUUACAAGAGAACCCCGCCUAGUUGGUUGAAGAUCUCUUCUCAAGAUGUUGAGGAGAACAUUUGCAAGUUUGCAAAGAAGGGUUUGACCCCAUCUCAAAUUGGUGUCAUACUCCGAGAUUUCGAGCGGAACAGGAAGGACAAGGAUUCCAAGUUUAGGUUAAUCUUGGUCGAGAGCAGAAUUCACCGUCUCGCCCGCUAUUACAAGAAGACAAAGAAGCUUCCACCAGUGUGGAAAUAGUAAAUUUUUUGAAUCGACCACCGCCAGCACUCUUGUGGCCUAGAGCUCAGAGUUUGAACCGUCUUCCAGGUGCUUUGGAUAUGCAGGGCUAAACUUUUGGUAUCAAUGUGUUAAAAGAACUUGUUCAUUUAUGUCUGAAAUUGAGAUACUUGGGAGGGAAAAUAUUAUGUUUAGUGUGUCAGAAUUAUCUAUCUUUACAUUUUUGGUUCAAUUUGAAAUGCUUUUGGUGUUUUCCAUCUUACAUUGAAUUGG